AUAUUUUCUUUGUUUGAAGUCGGGUGUCAUUUUGUGGUGACACAAUUUUACAGAUCAGUUUAGUUUAUUAAGUUCAUAGUAGAGGUUCUCCAAAAAAAAUCUAAAGUAAAAAAAUUCAAUAAAUACGGCCCGCAAACCAGAAAAUAUUUCAGACAAAAUACAUACAAAUUUUAGACAAUAAAUUAAUCAAAAAUAGCAUUUCAAAAUGGGUCCCAAAGAGGAACCUGCACCACCGGCAGCUGAUGCGACCGAGGUUAAGAAGCCGGAGCCACUGCCCACCUUCGUGUUCGAUUUGAUUGUCACCAAUGUAGUCUCCUAUGAAAUGGCGUUCUCCAAUCCUGCCAUGCUCGAAAUUACAGCCAAUUUUUUUAAGACCACCAUUCCCCUUACGCCAAGCAUGAUCAAUGUGGAGGAUUUCAAGGAAAAUGCCGGCAUGCAGUUCCAAAAGGAUCCGAAGGAGGUCCGCAAAGAUGUCGGCUCCUGUGGUAUAUCCUUUACGGUGUCGUACGACAAGAAAACUAUUGGCACUGGCCAGGCCUCCUUUCCGCCACCCCUGGUGGAGACCAUCGAUAAGGAAAUGACCGAUUUUCUCCACUCUGACUCCAUUCGGCUGAGUCGGGGCACUGACGUUACCGGAAAACUGGACUUCCAAUGCCGGAUGGUCAUCUCGGGUUUCACAGAUGUGGUGGAGAGCGAGUGCAAGCGCAACAUGGACAAGAGCAUCAGUCCACAGGACAUCAUGUUCGUGUUGGGCGAGUCACAGGUGUGUCCUGCAGCCAUCGAGCCAUGUCCGAAACCCUUCGCUGACGAUGAGGGCGAAGAAAGUCUUCAAAUGGACCUUAACCGCUAUCGAAGUGUAGGCGGUGGCAUAAAGCCCUAUGAUAUGAUGACAGACAAUGGAUCCGGAAUUCCAGCCUGUUGUGAACUAAAGAAAAUGGCGAUUGAAUACGAGAGAAUGAUUGACUCGAUAACAAAACAAACUGGCCCACCGCCACCUAAGCCACCUUGCCGCGAUCCCACCGACGAAGCCAUCUUUGGGAUGAGUCCAUGUCGAUGUCCUCCAGAUCCACCCAUGUUCAUGCCCGACCUUCCGGAACCGCCCAACAAACCGUGCUUUGUCUACCUACCAGCUGUGAAAGACACCAAGCCCGACUUUUGCGAUAAGAAUAUGAUUCCGGUCCCGAUCGCUGACUGUCCCGGCGAGCAGUCCAACAUCAAGCCCAUUCGCUUCUGUCCUGUUUGCCUGACCAAUAUGUCCUGGAUGCCAAAGUUUGCUGCCUGCCCGAAGUGUGGCGUUAAGCCCAUGCCUGUGGUUGAGGAGCGACACAAGGAGAAAAAAAUCUCGGCUGACCAGAUCUUGCUCGAGUUUCUGGGUAAGCCUCCACCCACAUUGGACGACUACUGUGUGGAUCCUUGCGAGAAGGCCAAGCGGGAGAAAAAUAAAGCCGAAGAUGACGAGUGUCCUCCCUGCCGGUGCACCUGCAAAUAUGGAAAGAUGUGUGCUCAUUGUCGUAUUCGUAAGCUAUGUGCCGAUAUCUUUAAGGUGGACCGCAUGGAACCCAAGUGCCCUAAAGUAGAACCAAAGGAAUCCGAGGACUACUGUGUGGUGAACAAGAGCUCGGACGACUGCCGACCGUAUUUGGCAAAAGUGUUUUCCGAGUUGCGGGAUCUUUACGACAUCAAGGACACUAAGAAAAUGUCGGAAUUGGAUGAGAACUGUGAACGGGUAGCACCGAAGUCGGCUGAAAAGACUCAGAAAUCUGAAACUCAAGGCAAGAAGUCAAAGGAAGAGACACAAAGGGACAACAAGCCUGUGUAUAUUCCUGCCAACAAUAAGGGCCACAUCUCUAGCCGACACAAGCAGUGUGUCCGACAAUCGGGCUUCGUCUCCCGGCGACAUGGCUGGGCCUGGAGCAAGAGUUUCGAGGCAAAGAAAUUGGGCUGGCGACCCGGAGCCAUAAGGAAGCCGAUCAAACAUUUGAUGAAAUUCUUCCUAGAGCAGUCUCCGCGAGACAACGCAUUUGGCAAGUGCAAGGAUGCAGAGACCUUGGAGAGGGAAAAGGAGCUGGCCGCCCCGGUUUUGAAUGUCUGCAAGAAGAACGGCGAGAUCUUCAUCACUCUGAGGCCACUGAGCACAUUGGGCGUGCGGCAGAAACCGAUCACCUUCCGGGUCGUUAAGAGUGAACUGGCCGUGGCCCUGAGCCAGAUCAAGCGCAAGCUGAAGGAGAAGGGCUUUCGCAAAUGCACUUGCCACCAGACGCUGAUGAUGUGCGAGUGCCGAAACGCCUUGGAGAAGGCCCACCUCCAGCGGGCACUGAACAGGGAAUGCCGGCGCCACAGUAUUCCUCCUGCAGCCGACCAUCUAGUUCUCACCGAUACCAGUGAGAGCGACAUGGAGUACGACUUCGAUGUAACCCCUCCCGCAGGCACUCAGCAACCAUGUUCUCGCCCGAAGCCGAAGACCGUGAACCACGGCACACAGUUCAAUGCGAAGGACAAGCUAGGCCCCCCUCCGAAGUACCCUAAAAAGAUUUCGCCCUACUGGAAGCCCUAUGAUUGCGCUGUGGGCGACCGCUAUAUGGGGACGGCCAUGGGCCUGCCCGGUGAGCAGGUCUUCGAGGAUGGCCUAUUCGGUCUGCUAGGCGGUGGACCCCACGGCCUAAAUCCUAUGCCCUGCGGCAGGCCACGGUUGAAGGCUGCUUGGGGAACCGGUGGUGGCUUUUCCGCAAUGUUUGGCGGAGGACGCGGCCGUGGCGGACCCGGUGGAGCUGGUGGACCUGGUGGACUCGGAGGUCCUGGGGGUCAUGGAGGUCUCGGUGGCCAAUUGGCUGGAGUACCCGGUGCCAAUAAGCUUUUCAACAAAAAGGGCGGAAAGGCAGGGCCGAUCCCAGUUCGUUUUCCAAAGCGGUUUCUUAAGCCGGGGGAGGAUGCCGCCAAGGCGGCCAUACAGGCGGAAAAGGAUGCUAUUAUGAAGAAAAAGAAGGGCAUCGAUAUGAUCAAGUAUCUGCAAAAGGAGGGAACUCUAACCCGGCCGUGGAAUCCCGACGAGGGCAAAGAUACCAGGCCAAAGAAGGCCAAGGUAGGAUCCGAUGGCAUGACAGAUGGCCAGAGGAAACGCCAGCUCCUUCUGUCCGGUCCAGGUCCAAUCCAGUUACCAAGACGCGGCAAAGGAUACAAUCCUUGCGUCGAUCCAUGUCGCUAUGAAUUCGUGUGCUAAAAAAAUCCACCCAAUAACAUCAAAUACUGUUGUAUCUAGAUCCCAUUCUCGACCAAAUCCUUUCGCAUAAAUAUAAAUAUUGUUUUAGUCUCGGAA